CACAUCCGGCAUGUUAGCGAUACACCUGAGAAGCACAAGACAUGUUACGUCACUGGUGAACAUAAAGUUGACGCUCGCCGACAAUUUUCUCACUGAAGAAAGCCAGGUCAAUUCACACAAGGUGCUUCCAGGCUGAAAUGGAACUUGCUGAUGGACAGCGGGGACGGGAAGCGGGUCCGAGGCGCUCGCCCUUUGACCUCAUCAUGAAUCAGAUCCGCAGGAAGCGCCCGGGCUCUGAUAAGAAGGGUUCCUCUGGUCGCUUCCUGUCUCGCCAGUCAGAUGGCGGGGGUAUUCCUGAGGACAGAGAGACCGAAGAGAGGGAGGACAAGCAGAAAGGAGAAGGGACUGACCCAUCCGAGUCAGUGGAGACGCUGUAUGAUGGAGGAUGGGGCCGUGUGUGUGUGUUCGUGCAGAGGCUGGGAAAGAGAGCAGACAGCAGAAGUCUGAGUCUGGCCCACUGUGAUCUCACUGCUACAGACACACUGGAGCUAGGAACACUGCUGCCAUGCUUGCCUCAGUUGGAGGAGAUGGACCUGUCAUGGAACGAACUGAUAGGAGGGUCUCUCCGGGCCUUGACCUCUCACCUCCUGCAUGUGGGCGGGCUCAGAACUCUGAAGCUCUGCAGCUGUAGGCUGAAUGCCGAUGACAUCAGUGCUCUAGGGGGGGCUCUGGAGCAUGUGCCCUUACUGGAGGUGUUGGACUUGUCUUGGAACGUUGGGAUUGGGGGAGGAACUUUGCAAGGCCUGCUGGGUAAAUUCCGCCCAACACUGAAAGAGCUACACCUGGUUGCUUGCCAGCUUACUGCAGCUGAUGCCUCUACAUUGGGUAGGAUAAUUAGUGGUCUUCCCAAACUGUGUGUGUUGGACAUUUCCUGUAACCCUCUACUGGCUGAGGAAGGGGAGCCAGGGGGAAUAGGGAUGGGGGAUCUUGUCCCCUUUCUCUCUCACUGUCCCUCUCUCACAACACUCCGAUUACAUUCAUGUGGUCUGACACCAAACACCCUUAACAUUUUUGGUGGUUCGCUCCGGCAUCUCCCAUCCCUGCGUGAGUUAGAUCUGUCCUGUAAUAAGAAGCUGUCAGGAGGGUUAUCCCUUCUGGCACCUCACCUGGCCCAGCUUCCACACCUGGAGAGCCUAAGUCUACACCUCUGCUAUCUCACACACACAGACCUGGCUUCCCUAAUCCAGGUGCUCCCCUCCCUGUCUGAGUUGACCAAGCUUGACGUGUCGUCCAAUAAGGAGGCUGGGGGCGUGGUCCACCCUCUAGUCUCCGCCCUGCCUCUCCUACAGAUGAGACAGCUCCCUCUCAACAGCUGCAGCCUGACCGAGGACUCAUUCACUGCACUGGCCCUGGCGAUACCACACCUACGACACGUUGACGUGUCGUGGUGUAAGGUGGCAGGGGGGCGGCUGGCCCUGCUGUUGGAGGCCCUGCAGCCGGGCGUUCUUCAGGAGCUGCACCUGAGCAGCUGUGACCUCACCACAGACGACCUGCUUCAGCUAGGGGUUGUGUGUAAGCAUGGCUGUCUCUCCUCCGUCCGUGUCCUGGACCUUUCCUAUAACGGAGGUGUGGGGCCGGAGGGUUGGGUGGGGUUGUUCGGAGCAGGGGGCCUGGGGUCCCUGGAGGAUGUUGACCUCAGCCUACGACCUUUGACCUCUGCCUCCUCUGCGGCCUGGUUGCCCUCCCUGCUGUCCGCUCUGCCUCGCCUCCCCGCACUGGUACGCCUCGGCAUGCAGCGAUGGACACUCACCAAUCAGGGGAGAGACCAGCUCAACCACGCCCUCAGGAAGAGGGCUGUCCUAUUGGAGUGGGACACACCCAUAUCAACGCCAUCACCCAAUCAGGACCGGCUGGAUGAGAUGCAGUCAGAGGAGUGAGCAGAGAGGACUGACUCGAACCAAUGUUUUUCAUUUGUAAUGGUCCCUUUCAGAUAUGGCCACAUACAUUUCCUUCUUAUUAAAACACUAUAAAUCCCACAUUGUGAUAAGAAAAAAAAACAGAUGCAUUUCAAUAAUUAAAUUCCAAUCUGAUGGAUUAUUGUUCUGGUGCUAACAUUUUGGUGGUGUUAUCAUCAUUAAUCAUUACUGAAUAAAACAUGUUGCUGAUCCAUUUGAAUUCUACAGAAAU